AUGGUUCAGGAUACAGGGCGCUCGUGGAACAUUUAUCGGCGCUUCAACAGCGCCACUUCGUCAACUAACUCGACUCCUGUUGAUUUGUUUGGGUUAAAACCGGAUGAUUUUGAAUUCUUGCGUGUGCUCGACCGAGGGAGUUUCAGCCAAGUCCUCUUGGCUCAUCAAGGACUUCGAGAAAAGGGCCGUGGCGCAACAGCUCACAGGUCUCGUCAAGUACCAACUCGCUUAUUGACUCCCGCCAAUUGGGGAUCCAGCAAAGAAAACCGUUUCCAUUCAGAGUUCGCCAUCUCUCAUACCGGACUAUUAGCAGUAGUCAACACUAGAGUACAACGGCGUACAGGAUUGUCCCACGUCUUACGAUUGUUUUCGCCGCGGACAUGGUUGAAAAUCGAACUUUUUUCGUUAGCCAGAGGCCCAGAGCUUCCCGUCUCCGUACCAGCUGUGCGACAACCGUUGGCACUCGGUCAAGGCCAACUACGUCGAGAACGCCCUCAGGCUCAAGGUGGACCACCACGACGAGCAGUACGGAUUCUCCAGCAACGGACACGUCAAGGAGGCCAAAACCCGCAAUCCGCUCUUCAUCGGCGGCCUGCCAGACAAGAGACACCGGCACCUGCCUUCUACAUCUGCUCUUUGGAGCGUGCCAACGGCCACAGUCACUGGACUCAUCAAGGCAGCGAGCCGGGACUCAAAGUGCGGACCUAUCAGCGGGCGCUUCCCCUUUGGAUUCAAGUCAUCAUCAUCGUCUUUCUAAUGGCAUUUUCGGGUCUCUUCUCCGGUCUCAAUCUGGGUCUCAUGGCCCUCGAUCGGACCGAGCUGAAAAUCUACGAAAACACGGGCACCGAUAAAGAGAAACAAUACGCCAAAACCAUCAGUCCCGUACGCAAUCACGGCAAUUAUCUCUUGUGCACUUUGCUCCUUGGCAACGUCUUGGUCAACAAUUCGUUGACCAUUUUGCUGGACGAUUUGACGUCGGGAAUCGUCGCCAUUAUCGGAUCGACUGUAGGCAUCGUCAUCUUUGGUGAAAUUAUUCCGCAGGCCAUUUGUUCACGUCACGGACUUGCCAUUGGAGCCCACACAGUUUGGAUUACAAAGUUCUUUAUGCUCAUCACCUUCCCGAUGUCGUAUCCCAUCUCUUUGAUACUGGAUCGGAUACUGGGCGAAGAACUCGGCGCUUAUUACAACCGAGAAAGGUUAAAAGAAUUGAUCAAGGUUACGAAAGAAUAUCACGAUCUCGAGAAGGAAGAAGUCAAUAUUAUCGCUGGUGCGUUGGAACUUCGACGGAAAACGGUGGGCGACAUUAUGACUCGGCUGGAAGACGUUUUUAUGCUCAGUUAUGAUUCGCUACUCUAUUUCGAGACCGUCUCUGAGAUUAUGAAGCAAGGAUUUUCGCGUGUACCCAUCUACGACGGAGAACGGAAUAACAUUAUCGGAUUACUUUUUAUCAAAGAGCUCGCUCUGGUAGAUCCGCAGGAUGCCAUUCCAUUGAAAACGCUGUGCAGAUUUUACAAGAAUCAGUGCAAUUUCAUCUUCGAAGAUACCACACUCGACAUAAUGUUUAAAGAAUUCAAAGAAGGCCAUAAAGGCCACAUGGCAUUUGUUCAACGAGUCAACUGCCAAGGAGAUGGAGAUCCGUUCUACGAAACUGUUGGUUUGGUCACGCUUGAAGACAUUAUCGAAGAGUUAAUUCAAGCUGAAAUCGUCGACGAAACGGACGUGUGGAUGGACAACCGCAGCAAACGUCGACGAGAGAAAGGAAGACUAUUCCAGGAUUUCAGUGGCUUCGCCCUGCAGUACCACGAGCAAACUGCUCACAAGAUCUCCCCGCAAUUGGCUCUAGCAGCGUUUCAAUUUCUUAGUUCAUCAAUUGAUCUCUUCAAGACCGAAUUGAUCUCAAACAACGUUCUCCGGCGAUUGAUGCAACAGAGUCAAAUCAUUCGCUUUAUCCGCGUUAACAAAGAAAAAUCAGAGUUUCACCCGGCAGAGACGCUCAUCUUUCAACAGGGAAAACCAGCCGACUAUUUCGUGCUGAUCCUUGAAGGACGUGUGGAAGUGACAGUUGGGAAAGAAAAUUUAGUUUUUGAGAGUGGGCCAUUCAGUCAUUACGGUUCACAGGCCCUAACGUCCUACUCGUCGGCAAUGGAGUCGGCGUCUUCUACUCAACUUUCACGCAGCGUUCAAUCGGUGCGGAUGGCCGUCUCGCCCGACGGCGGAGUUGGCAGCGCAGCGCGUGGGCAAACGUUCGUCACCGACUACACGGUGCGUGCCAUCACUGACGUCGUCUAUUUCUGCCUCAGUCGGAUACUCUACCAAGCAGCUCGAAGUGCCACUGUACUCGAAAGAACGCAGCGCGGUGACGCAACCAAGCGGAUAUCAGACUGUGACAGCAAUUUGGAGCACGUCUUGAUCUUUUCCAACGGAGAAGAAGCAAUUGGUUCAGGGGAUCACACACUCAACGAAAAUUCUCCGCUCAUCACGCAAGGCGGAUACUGUACAGAUUAUUUGAUGUCCGACACUACUGCGAUCGCAUUAGACUCUCGCCAGGAAGAUUUAUUGAACGGCCCAUCAUUACCCGCUCAAUCCAGUUUCCUUAUUGGAGAAAACCCUGGAAAUUAGAUCAAUGAAAGGAUACAGGGAUUUGAAGAAUUAUUUCCGUCUCUGAGAAUUUAAUUAAGUCUCCCGAUUGAAUUUGUUUUAAGGGAAAAACUGAAAUGAACAAGAUCAUCUAAAAGAAUAAUAAUAAUAAUGAAGAAAUAUUGUUUUUUGUUAAUCAAAUGCAAGUGACAAGCUAUAGACACCGUACGAAAAUUCAGAAAUAACCAGAAAUAGAUGCCGUUAUUACAAUGUUAAUUCCCUCGCAAAUUUGCACAGUCACACAUUUCAAAGCAUUCAGUUUCUUUCUAUGCAUAAUAUAGUGAGAUCAAGUAUGUUUGUAUGUACUUAUGAUAUAAAUAUGUCUAAAGUUUUGCACGAUUCCUUUUUGCGAUAUGCAGUCCCUUUGUAACUAUAUUAAAAAACAUUUAAACCUGUCGGUCUUCCGUCAAGAAAGUUGUCUAGCCUUUAGCUAGAUCUUAAUACAAACCUCAGUCU